AUGCAACCAGCUCGAGGCAACGCGUCAGGUGCGAGUAGCCUGCGGGUUCCUGUCGACUUAACGCGGAGCACUUCGGCAAGCCUGCCUUUCCCGCCCGAUCCGCUGGCCCACCGGCCCCCAAGCGCCCCUCCGACGGAGUCCCCAGGCCUUUUCACGGUGGCAGCUCCAGCCCCAGGAGCGCCUUCUCCUCCCGCCACUCUGGCGCACCUUCUUCCCGCCCCAGCCAUGUACAGCCUGCUAGAGACGGAGCUCAAGAAUCCCGUCGGGCCACCCACCCCAGCGGCAGGCGCGGGCGGCCCCGCGGCCCCGGGAAGCGCAGGCAAGAGUAGCGCGAACGCAGCCGGCGGCGCGAACCCAGGCGGCGGCAGCGGCGGUGGCGCGAGCGGCGGUGGCGGGGGCAGCGACCAGGACCGCGUGAAGCGGCCCAUGAACGCCUUCAUGGUCUGGUCCCGCGGCCAACGGCGCAAGAUGGCCCUGGAGAACCCCAAGAUGCACAACUCUGAAAUCAGCAAGCGCUUGGGCGCCGACUGGAAACUGCUGACCGACGCCGAGAAGCGGCCGUUCAUCGACGAGGCCAAGCGACUGCGCGCCGUGCACAUGAAAGAGUACCCGGACUACAAGUACCGGCCGCGCCGCAAGACUAAGACGCUGCUGAAGAAGGACAAGUACUCCUUGCCCGGCGGCCUGCUGCCCCCCGGCGCUCAGCCCGCCACCGCCGCUGCCGCCGCCGCCGCCGCCGCCGCCAUGAGCCUGGGCCCCAUGGGCACGGUGGUGAAGACCGAGCCCAGCUCGCCGCCGCCCGCCAUCACAUCGCACUCGCAGCGCGCGUGCCUCGGCGACCUGCGCGACAUGAUCAGCAUGUACCUGCCACCCGGCGGGGACGCGGCUGACGCCGCCUCGCCGCUGCCUGGCGGCCGCCUGCACAGCGUACACCAGCACUACCAGGGCGCCGGGACUGCCGUCAACGGAACGGUGCCGCUGACCCACAUCUGAGCGCCGGCCUGAGCUCGCCGCCCCUCCUCCCCCACCCCGCCCCGCACCCCCAACUUGGGACGCCUUGUCGUUUAGCUUUGCUUGCCUGGGACUGCUGCCUUGUACCAAUGAUGGGGAGGACAGAAAGUUUUGCUGUAGCUGUCGGGUUUUGUACAAAAGCAAAAAGUCCGGAGCAGCGGAAAUGGGGCUUGCUAGAACUCACCAGCCCCUUGCCGCUGCCCCUCCCUCCCCUUUUGUAGGCUGGGAAUCGCUGUGAUGUUUGCAAAGAAAAAGCAGCCCCCCUCCUCCUCCUGGGUUCCUGGGUUUUUCUGUUGCAUUUGAAAAUGUUGUCUCGUUAGUUUGCUGUUAGCCGAGGAGUGAGUGAAUGGAGAAAUGUACUCUUGGGUGAGGCUGGCCUGAGAACUGCAACGCCCCCUCCCCUGGUCGCGUUGCAUCUGUUUUCCUCGUGGGUUUUGGGGGGGCUGACCGCGCGGGGCGGCGCGGCAGCUAAGGCCAAUGUUAAUUUAUAGCCAGGUGUGCGUGUGUCUCCCGCCUCGCCGCCCCUGGCCGCGGGACAGCUUCUGUCCAGUCCGCGUUUAGGCUGUUGAGUUGGUGAUUUCUGCCGUGAUCUGUUUGAUAUUCCGUCGCGCUAAUGUAUUCGUAUUUCGUUUGGGUGGUGGGGAAGGGGCUAUUUUGUUUCAGGUUUUUCAAGGUUUUACUCUUAAUUCCUAAAUGAGAGAUGAAUAAAUUUUAUAACCAACAUAA